UUAAAAGGUAACAUAGAAGAAGGAGAUUGCACAAGUUAUUCUGAAAAGCUCAAAGAUAAUGCCGAGGGAGCCGCUGAACCACUCGGGAACCCGGAGAAUUGAGUGUCUAGAGGAGAUGGGUGACGCUGUUUGGGAGCUGGAUAGAGCGUCACAAACCUUGACUUUUACUGGAUUCGUGAAGACAACUGAAGGAAUAGGAGGAUUACUUGUUUCAUUUAUCAUACACCAUAUUACCCUGGAGAUGGUGCUGCCAUUAGAGAGAAUGAUAAUGGCCCUCAACCUUAAUGGAGUUGGAAGGGGUUCUCACUCUACUGGACCUAGGGGACCAAGGCCUCGUGUUGGUCGUACUGCCCGUAUGAGAGUGCGUAGCCGUAGUCCAGUUUAUUAUAAUUUUGUGAAUCAUCAAGCAAAUUUAAGAAUGAAUAAUAAUGAUAAUCAAAUUGUACCUGAUGAAGAUCCUUCUGAAGACUCUAGUGGUGGAGAAGCUAGGGAAUAA